UCUGUGAUUGUCAAUGUCAAACAAAAGUGGUUGGUUGGUCGUGUGUACCGAAAUUAUUAAUUUAAUAUAAACUAACUCUUAGUUUGCCGAACUACGGUGUUUAAACAUGAUAAUCGACGAGAAUUUAUUGCUUUUCUUAAUAUUGAUAUUUUCUUGGGCAGAAUAUUUAUGGGAAUUAUAUCUUUCCCUACGGCAGUUGAAGAUAUACAAGACAAAUCAGACCAUUCCUGAAGAUUUGAAAGAUAUGCUGAAUGAAGAGUCUUUUGAGAAAGCACGACUAUAUGGUACAGACAAGUCUCAAUUUAAAAUAGUUAAAGAAUUUUACAGCAUAUCACUAACAUCUAUAAUCCUGUAUAAUAGAUGGAUAUCUGUUGCAUGGCAAAAAUCGGAAAACAUCGCAUCCAUUCUAAACAUAAACCUAGACCAAGAAAUCAUCAUAAGUUGCAUAUUCAUGACAUUUGUCACAUUAUUUAAUUUUGUUGUUAAUAUGCCAUUCACUAUCUAUGGAACAUUUGUUCUUGAAGAGAAACACGGAUUUAACAAGCAAACUGUUGGAUUCUUCAUAAAGGAUCAAAUAAAGUCACUAGUUCUUAGUCUAGUAAUAACAUUACCUAUUGUCUCUGUUGCAAUCUGUAUUAUUUUGCUUGGUGGCAACAUGUUUGUUGUUUGGCUGUGGCUCUUCACUACUGUAGCUACAAUGAUACUUUUGACUAUUUACCCAUCCGUCAUUGCACCAUUGUUUGAUAAGUUCCAGCCUCUAUCAGAUGGAUCACUUAGGAAAGGUAUAGAAAAUUUAGCAUCAAGACUCAAUUUUCCGCUAUCUCAAGUUUAUAUUGUCGAAGGAUCUAAACGAUCUGCACACAGCAAUGCAUAUUUCAGUGGAUUGUUUGGUGCUAAGAGAAUAGUUUUGUUUGACACUCUGCUUCAGAAACAUGAUGAAGUAAAAAAUGUUACCACAGGUUGCAAUGAAAAUGAGAUCUUGGGCGUCUUGGCUCACGAAUUGGGUCAUUGGAAAUGCAGUCAUAUAUACAAAUCUAUUGCUCUCACUGAAGUGAACCUGCUACUUUUAUUUUCUGCAUUUGGCUUUCUUUUCAAGAAUUCUUUAUUGUACACCACUUUGGGUUUCCCACCAGGGCAGGAACCUGUUAUUAUUGGUCUAAUAGUGGUAUUACAGCUGAUUCUUGCACCAUACAAUUCUCUGUUAUCAUUCUUUGCUACAGCUUUGUCCAGGAAAUUCGAGUUUGAGGCUGACAACUUUGCAGUGUCAUUAAAUUAUCCUACCGAAUUGAGGUCAGCACUUAUUAAGUUAGGGAAAGACAAUUUGGAUUAUCCAAUUUAUGAUAAGCUCUAUUCUGCCUGGUAUCAUUCUCAUCCAACUUUGUUACACAGAAUUGAAAAUAUAAAAUCCCAAACCACUGGUGCGAAAAUUGACUAACUUAAAAUAAGCAUAAUAAUGCAUUUAUUUUUAAACAGUACAAUAACUUUGUAGUGACUACUAUGAAGUGCAUUUAAUGCAGUAAAAUUGUAAUAUAGAUCAAAUGUAUAAUCUGAUUACAAGGAUACUUAUACUUUAUUGCACCUACACAAAUCAUUGUGGAGGAUCAUAGAUAUUUUCAAAAUAAUUUAUAGAUGAAAACUUAAUUCAAUGUAAAACAAAAGGCAACUUUAGCUAUGUUGAGUCACAAAUGGAUAUCUUUUUAUUAAUAUCUUUGUAGUCAGGUUAUCUAUUUAUGUAUUUAAAGUUUUCACACUGUAUUGAUAGUUUGUGACUCGCACAAAUGUGUCAGAUCAUAAUAUAAAAGCUGAUAGUUACAACCUUGAUAAUAAAAAUUAAGUUUACUUAAAAAUGGUAUAAAUAUCAAUAAGUACCUAUAUUUUUAAAGGCAUUUAAAAGAAAAUAUUUUAUACCAAAUGAAUUUUUAUUUUUUUAGUUACCUAGCAGUAUGCUGUCUUUAUCAGAUAAGUUUGUUACCCAAUAUAAUAAGUAUAACAUAAAUGUAAAAACUAUGGUUGUCAAUCACUUGUAUAAGAAUAAAACUUCUGCAUCAUGAUGUC